AUGUCUGACAUCGUCGCCUUUGAAGACUGCGACCUGUUGCGAAUUGAAUCGCAACCCAAGACUGCGGAUGCCAAGGAGAAUGUUGGCAAAGGCGAUGAGCUCACUCAGACGCCUCGGCAGUUGGACCCCCGGAAGUUGCUUGAGAGAGCCAUGGAGCAGUCACUGAUUGUCUUGCUGGCAGACCCGGAUGCAGUUGAAGUGCACAUCUCGCAACCUCCAGUCGUAGUUCCUUCGCCGCCUCCCCAACCGCCAAUGCCACUCACCUCUGCGUUUGUUUGCUCAACCUGUGGCCGCAGAUACCCCUGGCCGGCGCCACUUAGCUGCGACUGUCACGGGCCAUCUCCUGAGCCAGAUCCACGACACGGCGAGCCAGCUCCUGAGCUGAAUGACCAGUUGUGGCAGGAUGCCCAUGCUGGACAAUUUCAAGAAGUGGACAAGUUGUUGAAACAGGGCUCUGAUGCUAACUACACAAGGACGAACAUUCAGCAGGAGGGGUUCGAGACCUUUCCUGACAGAGUGACAGUUCUGGGUGCCGCAAUGUUGGGUACCGCAAAGCCGCAUGAUGAGAAAUGUAACCACGAGGAGGUUGUGACGCUGCUGCUUAAGAGCAAGGCCCAGCUGCAGGAAGUGGAUGUGCAGAUUCUUUCCAUGCUGCUGCGUCGGGAAGACCAGGAAGCCACGAAGAGGGUGAAGGCACUCUGGGUGGAGAAGGGCGAAGGUUUGGGCAAGCUGCGCGACAGAGUUGGGUGUGUUUUGGCCCCAUUGGAUGGCCUGGAUGUGACGAAAAAAUCUGAGCAGUGGUGGACAGGAUCAGUGGUGGACUAUUACAAUGACCUGGAAAAUCAGAAUAUGUUAAACCCUUCCAUUGCCCAAGUAAAGCACUACAUCCUACCAUUACGAGCUCCACUCGCAUGUGACCCAAAAAUACUUGCAGCUUUGGCUUCAAGUGACAAUCUUGAGAUGCUUGACUUAGAUGUUGUGAACGCGAUCAUCUCGGUUGCGUGGGUUCAACACAUUAGGAGCAGUGUCAUCGACAAUCUCGUAAACGUUGUGAACGUGGUCUUACUUUGUUGGUUGUCCUACAACUACGGUAGCAAUCCCAGCUCAUCAGAUCUCACCCUUGCAUGGAUCCUGGCGAUCCUGCACGCCAAGGAGACUUCUGAAUGCAUGGUGAUAGAACUGUGGGAUUGGGAUAUUUUCAACCUCGUUGAUAUUAUGUACUCUGGAAUUGGUGCGGCUGUAAUUGGAAAGCAGCUGGAAUUGUGGUUGCCCCCUGAAGGUUGGAACAAGGCCUUGCUGGCCCUUUUCUGUGGCAUGGCAUGGCUCAGAUUGCUGGCCAGUCUUCGAGGAUACGCAUGGCUUGGGCUCAGGUUCCUGCCCAUCAUUAAUGCCAUCAUGGACUCAAUGCCCUUUUUUUUUAUCACCAGCACAUGUCUUUUGGCCUCCGCACAUGCUUACUACCAAAUGGGCCCUCGAAAAGAGGAUCCGUUGCCGCUUUUCUCUGCCUUUGUCAUCCCAUUUCGACUUGGAAUCCUGGGUGAUUUCGACCUAUUCCAAUUUGAAGGAAAGGACACAAAGUACGUUGAAGGAAAUGAAACAGAAACAGAUGAAGCAUCCUGGGUACCAAAAGAUCCUGAGCCAGGUGAUGACCACCUCUUCAUCAUGGUGAUUUUCUUCGUGACAAGCAUUGGCAUUUCACUUGUGCUUAUGAACAUAUUUAUUGCUGUGCUGACGCAAAAUUUGCAAAAAUUCCAGGUUACGGACCGGCAGCUAUUGACAAAGUCAAGGGCCAAGAUGCUGAAAGACUUGCAAAAACGUCCUUUGACACGCUUACUACAUAUCUUACGUUGCUGCUGCCCAAGCAACUGGGUGGCAUCAGAUACCAUCUCAACUUCACCACCAAGAACCGAAUGCAAGGAGGUGCCUGGAUUGAUCCUCUUUUUGAGCCUGUCUCCGCUGCGUGUUGUUUUCGGCAAGUAUGGUCACAUGUGGAUUUGGCAUCAGUGCACGAAUCGUUGGAUCACAGUGCUCCUCCUUUUUCUGUCUCCUGUGUUGCUUUCGGUCUCAUUUGUCAUGAUGAUCCCUUGUUUGAUUUGCGGUUUCUUCUUCUUUCGACUAUCUGGUCUUCAACAUCAGCUGCGAGUAUUGUUUUUUGGCAUUGGCUGUUGGCGAAGAGAUUCGCCAAGUCAAAUCACGGGCUUGCAAGCUUCCGACUGUAUCAUCCACGUUUUUGUCUGUGAAAACGCGGAGGAUCGCAGCCAGCGUGGACAUAUAGCGUGGAGCAUGGAACGUUUGACCCGUCGAAGCAUGGAGGAUGCGAUCACUGUUGGUCGUCAGCAUGAACUCAGAUUGGAUGAGGAAUGGAAAAAGAAGCUUCAAGAUCUUCAAAAGAAACACGAGACUCGCACAAUAGAGCUUAAAGAAGAAACAGACAAGUACAAACAAAAGCUUAGAGCAGAUCACAAAAAAGAGCUUGAUAAGAAAGACGCUGAUCACAAAAAAGAGCUUGAUAAGAAAGACGAAUAUCACAGAACAUGGAGUGUCGAUAUAUGCAAAGAGCACAGAAAAAAACUUUGUGAGAGAGAUCAGGCGCACGAGAAAAAUCUCCAUCAGAAGCUUCAUGAUAGAGAUCAGGAGCACAAAGCAGAGCUUGAUAAGAAAGAUCAGGCGGACAAAGCAGAGCUUGAUAAGAAAGAUCAGGCGCACAAAGCAGAGCUUGAUAAGAAAGAUCAGGCGCACAAAGCUGAGCUUGAUAAGAUCAAAAGGACGGAAGCUCACACUCACGCAGGAGGAGCCAGCGGCGAGGAGAGACUGAACGACGCUCCACAGUCGGACCUCAGUCGGAGCGAUCGACGCACCCAAUAG